AAAAUAGCGUAUUUGUUUGUUAUUUUACCAUGAAAUUUGCAAUUCGAUUUUUUGCAUCUCUCGGGCUAGCGCUCCUGGCAUCCGCUGCCACCGCGCCUUCGGUUCUUUGGACUCGCUAGAUAGCUCCAAAUCACCCCCGCCUGUCCGAGCAGCAAACCAGGGAAACAUUAAGGAAAUCCUUUGUCGGAUAACAUUGUCCGUGAUACCCAGGGCUUUGACCCCGUAUUCCUCCAUGGCACCCUUUCGGGUGUAGCCGAGCUUCUUCAUCAAAACUACAACAACAAUGCAAUUUGUCGUCCAACUUUGACAUACUUUACAACAACAUGAUUGCACCCCUGGGCUCGACCGUAUCGGCGAGCUAUCAAGUCAUGUACCGGUACACUUCGGACGAUGCUUACAUCAAUGCCAUUGUGUCAAGGAUCUAUAACAAGCUAAUUAUCUCAUCUCUGGACGCCAUUGGCCUGUAUUAUGCUAACGGGAUAUACACCAUAGUCCCACAGGUUAUCGAUACAUGCCCGACUUAUGCCACUCCUUAUGUACCAGAAAGUAUUGUAAACGGCGUAAACCUCCCGCGUAUCCUAUGCUCUAUCAACACGGAGCGCGUCAAAGCCGGCCGCAGACCAUUGGCUGUACACAAGGCACUGAGCGACGAAGCCAAAGAGCAAGUCAAGCUCAUGGAUGCGCUGGGUCAUUAUUUUAAAGCCCCCAGAAUUAGCCCACUGUACUGGGUUGCUGGCCAGGGGAACACGGACACAGACACAAUGCUCGAUGCGCUUUCAUCCAAAUAUUAUGACGACGUAACAAGCUCCAAUUACACUAUUGCUGGAGUUGCCCAGCUGAAUGGAUACUGGUCGUUUAUUUUGGGUGGCCUGCCAUAUGGUAUUACAACUCGUACAGUGUGUCCGGCAAAUUUGGACCAAGUGACGUACGUUUAUUAAAUUUUACCAAAAGCGCAUGUGAUUUGAACGGAUAUACAGUUUGGGCGUAUUGUGCUGACAAAAAAAAUUUUGCAUGC